AAGUAUCCAAGUGAAACCAGCGAGUGACACUUUUUUGUUAUCUUUCAAAACCUCUUCUUAUCAUGUCCCGUUGUUAAUAAAUGAAGAGUUUUACCUGAUAGAUCUUUCUACCAUAACAAGACAAAUAGCCGUCUCUGAAGCUUUGACUCAAGGACUGGUCUGUUGUGGAAAGAUUGCACUGAGGCUGAUCCCAAAGUUGUGAGAUGGAGAGUAAAUAUAAGGAAAUCCUCUUAUUAACUGGCCUGGAUAACAUCACUGAUGAGGAACUGGAUCGAUUUAAAUUCUUCCUUCCAGAUGAGUUAAAAGUCUCCACAGCAAAACUAGAAAAUGCAAAUAGGACAGAGGUAGCAAACUUGAUGAUUCAAAAUGUUGGUGCAGUGUCUGCAGUGACGAAGACCAUACAUGUUUUCCAGAAGCUGAAUUACAUGCAUGUGGCAAAAAGUCUUCAGGAAGAGAAGGAGAAAGUUGAUAAGAAAUACAAAGGGAAAAAAGGAACACAGCAAGUGAAAAAGAGAAGUCAAACUGAAAUGAGUCCUGGUGCCUCUGCAGCUCCCAGAAAUAGUGUCGUGGAGCAACACAUUGCACCAGAAGUCUCUCCUCAUGUUAAGCCUAAGCAGAAACAGAUGGUGGCCAAGCAGGAACCUAUCAGGAAAGAAGGGUUGCAGAAAGGCUCUAUGACAGUCAUGGUGCUGAAAGCAACGAAGCCAUUCGAAUUUGAGACCAAAGAAGGGAAGCAAGAGAUGUUUCACGCUACAGUGGCUACUGAGAGUGAAUUCUUUUUUGUAAAAGUUUUCAACAAAAAGCUAAAGGAUAAAUUCACUCCAAAGAAUAUAAUUAUAAUAUCCAAAUAUUAUUGGUACAGUCAUUUCCUAGAAGUGAAUAGUGUCUCACAUGUGUCUGAUGCCAAAUCUGACCAACAAAUCAGUGUCCCAAAGCACAUUAUCAGAAAAGCUGGUGAAACCCCAAAGAUCAAUAAGCUUCAAACUCAGCCCCGUGGAACAAUUGUGAAUGGGGUGUUUGUAAUCCAGAAGAAAACAGAACGGAGGAAUUGUCAAUUAUUUGACCUAAGUGACAGUACAGGGAGGAUGGAAGUAUUGGUGCCUGGAAAACAGAACAAAAUCGAAUGCGAAGAAGGGGAUAAACUUCGACUUACGUUCUUUGAGCUAUCAAGAACUGGAGAAAAACUACAGCUGAAAUCUGGAAUUCACAGUUUAGUUAAGGUUAUUAAGGCAAAAAAACUGAAAUGAAAGGAUCAAUUGAGAUCAAGCGGUUUAAAGAACAUUUAAUUGAAGAAUAUCUGAGACAGUAUCUUCAACCAGAUUGUAAGCAACCUGAGAGCAGCAGUAUACGGACUCUGUCCUCUCAUCCCCUAAAUUAGUCAAGAUGGGAUGAUUGCUGGAUAAACAAUUCCAAGGUGUUAACAUAUUGUUGCCAUAUAGGUUUGUUUCUCAUUCAUUGCAGUCAUGUUUAGUUUGGGGUAAGGAUAGGGUUCUGCUUCAUGUAGAUGUUCAAGGAUGUUAUAGAUGUUCAAUCUCUGUUGAAUGAAUAAAAUGGUUAAUGGAAAAUAUGUAAUAUAUGUAGUUACACAAGUCAAUACACUAAGGGUAUAAAUAACCAAAUUCACAGGAGAAAAAAUAUGAAAAGCUUGUAACAUGAAAAGAUUGUCAACUUCACUAAUAAUAUGAGACACAGUUAAACAAUGAGUAGGACUCUACUUCUACCGAGAAUGCAGAAAAUGAGAAAGAGUCUUGUUCCCAUGCUUACAACAACAAAAGAUAGCCAGAUGAUCUGAAAAAUCACAACUUUUUCUGAAGCCAUCUGAGGGCUGAGGUUGCAGUGAGUAUCUAAUUAAAAUAUCUAAGAAGGGAAACCUCCAAAGAGAGAAAAGAUGAAAGCACUUGUUCAUUUGGGGGCAGAUGAUAGAUACUAGAUACCCCACAAGAUAGAAGAAUUCAGCUAAAAUUUUUAAUGAAUUGCUCAAGGUUGACCUUGAAAGUAUAGAACAACAGGAAGCCUCAACGACAAGAAGAAUUUGCAACUGCUUGAAGGCACUUCUCAUUGGAUCUCAUUGGAUGAUCAUGAUAAAGAUUAGGGACAGGCAUGGAAGAGGGAAAGAUUAGCCACUAUAGGAAAGACGUGAAACCCUUCCUGAAUCCUUCCCUGCAGAAAAAAAAAAGAUUUCUAGGGGAAGAGAAGCAAAUUCUGCCAUUUUCCUACAUCAGCAGAGAGGGACAAGAUCAGAGGUAAAAAUCUCAUCCCUAAGACUCAGGGACACAGUGCCUGCCAAAGACUGAGGCUGAACCAGGAAAACAGAGAACUCGCCCAUUACUCUUCCUGCAACCUGCUCUUACCACCAGACUAAACAAGCACCAAAUAGCAAGUCCCAACAUUUAACUGCUGGCAGAUGGUCAAGAGCAUGUAAAAAAGCAUUUUAUUAGGUUCAGAUGUAAAAGGAAUACAAAGUUGAUGGUGUAGCACUAGAGGAACUUUAAGCAUGUGGUGCACUGAGAGUAAAUAAAAACAACAAAUGUCAAACCCAGAUCUACUCCUGUGGAAAUGAAUUCAACCACCAGAGUAAAGUCAUAGCAAAAAACAAUCCCUGUUCAUUUCCAGGCAUAAAUACUAUUUACCUCAAUCUCUACUUUCACAGAUGGCUUUCAAUAAAAAUUGCAAGACAUACAGAGAAAUUCUGUCAAGAGACAAAUCAAUCAAAAGAACCAGUCAGUUAUGGUAUAGGUGAUGGAACUUUCAGAUGGGAUAUUUACAAUAGAUGGACAACAUGCAUCUUCAGAUGGACAAUUUCAGUAGGAAAAGGAAACUAAGAGAACGAAUGAAAUGGAAAUGCUAGAAAUGAAAACCAUGGUUACACAGAUGAAGAAUGCCUUUAACCAGAUCAUUGGUAGACUUGACACAGCACACGAAAGAGUGAAUGAACUACAGAUACUACAGAUAGUAAUAAUAGAAAUUAUUCAAAUGGAAACCAAAAAAAUGAAAAAAAAACAUAGCAUAUCUAAGAGACAUGGGACAAUAUGUAGCAGUUUAAAGUAUCUCUAAUUGGAAUCCCAGAAAGAGAAGAUACAGAGAAUGAGGCAUUAUGAAUAUUUGAAAAGAGAUGAAGGCAAAGAAUUUCUCAAAACUAAUAGCAGAGUCUGAAUUACCACAGAUCCAAGAAUCACAGAGAACACAAGAGAAUAAUAAUAAUGAAAUAAUGAUAAUAAGCCACACACACACUUAGGUAUGUCAUAUUCAAACUUCUAAAAGGCAAAAGAUGAAGUUGGAAACUUGAAGACAGCCAGAGAGAAAAAAGACACAUAUACACAUGUACAGACAGCAGAUUUACAGCAGACUUCUUGUCAGAAACUACUUAAGCCAGAAGACUAUGGAUUAACAUCUUUAAAGUUCCAAAAGAAGAAGACAAUUUUCAAACCAGAAUUCUAAACCCAGAAAAUAGUCAAACAUGGAAGAGAAGUAGACAUUUUUCAGACCAACAAAAACUGAAAUAAUGUGUUCAUAGUGGAACUUGAAUUAAAAUAAAUGUUAAAGGAAAUGUUUUAGGCAAAGCAAUAUAAUAACAUACAGAAAUUUAAAACUAUACAAAGAAAAGAAGUACAGUAAAAUAAAGGUAAUAUAACAUUUAUGUUUUCUUAUUUUUAAGUGUUCUAGAAGACAACUGAUCUUCAAAAAGAGGGGUAGGCAAAAUUGUUCUGUAAAGGACCAAAUAGUAUGUAUUUUAAACUGUGUGGGCCACGUUACAGAUGCUGACCUUUGCACUGGCUAGAAAAACAGCCAUAGACAAUCCACCAAUGA